CUAUUCCCCACAAACAUGACCAACGAGGCUACUUCAUCCAAACAAAAACCAUCAUCAGCAAAACCGUUAGAAAUAACUGAAAAAGUGAGGGUACUCUGCUUGCAUGGCUAUCGCCAAAAUGGCGAAAGCUUUAGAAGUAAACUGGGAUCAUUUCGUAAACAUGUAAACAAAUACGCCGAAUUUGUUUUCAUCGAUGCACCCCACAAGGCCAAGCCAAUGGAAGAAGGUGCCGAACCCCAACCUGAUCAAUUAAGUUGGUGGUUUAACAAAGAUGACGGGUCAUUCAAGGGUACCAAUAAAAAUGGACCAGCCUUCGGCUUUCAGGAAAGCCUUAAACUUGUCGAGGAGGCAUGGAAGACACAGGGACCAUUUCAAGGGUUGUUGGGCUUUUCACAGGGUGCCUGUUUUGUUGGUUUGAUAUGUGGAUUGGCAAAGAAAAAAUUAACUUCAAUUAAGCCGGAAUUUGCCAUAAUGUCUUCAGGGUUCCUAUCUGGUAGUUUGGUACACAAAAGUGCCUACGAAGAAUCGGUCAUAAUACCCACUCUACAUAUCUAUGGUCUCUCCGAUGAAAUUAUACCCAAGGAAAUGAGCCAAGAACUGGCGAACCAUUUUAAAAAUGUCGAAGUAUUGGAACACAAUGGUGGUCAUUAUUUCCCCGCAACGUCACAACAAAAACAAACAUAUAUUAACUUUUUCCAAGAUCGUUUACAAGAGUAUUUGGAAAAUCUUGAAUUACAACAGACAUCAAACGCGGCAUUUGUCGAAGAAGAACAGCCACAGAAUAGUGAAGAGGUUUCCGAUUCAUUGGAAAGUGAUUAG